GCAACAGUCACGAAAGAUCGAACCACCGUUGAUCUUGAAAACCCAACUUUGAAAGGACCAUCCGACCACCAAAGCCCAAGGAAAGAGGCUUCCAGAUCAUAGUUGUACUUUCUCUCUUGUCCAUUGAUCAUCUUACGUCUCUUGCUAUACCCAUUGCUUUGUGCUCUCCAGCCAUGCUAUUCUCCCCCCUGAAACCACGGCAAGGGAAAAAGCUGCAACCCAACAAGCGCCAACAACGAGCCAAACUGAGCAAUAUCAUAUUCAUCUUGUUUUCGGUACUGGGAGUUAUCAUCUUCUGGGUCGGGUUCCAAGUUGCCCCGCAACGACUAUCACUCGCCCUGAGUCGACGAGUGCCACGAGCCAAGAGUUCUCUGCCGCUCUUUGUCAAACCACCUCCCCAUUCGCUGCUCAGUCAUGCCACAGUACCUCAAGUGGAUGCCUAUAUUAAUGGCACUAGUACAAGUAAUACGGCACAAUCUACCUGGUUGGGAUCGAUGAAGUACCUAGAAUCGCCCAGUUGCAAACAAUACGCGUCUUGCGAAAUUCAUUUUCCAUUUUUGGACAUUGAAGAAGAAGGAGCCGAUUGGGCCGAAGAACGGAUACGCAACCAUAUCGACAAAAGGACUGACUAUGCCGUCUUGACACGCAAGGGAUUCAAAGCUCUCGUUACCAAUGUCAAAUCCAAUCAAGAUCGAGCCUUUGUCAUUGCACCCCUCGAAGCCGUAGAAGAAUCGGCAUUGCCGGUUGGGCCGGACGAUUUCCUCAUGGGACUCUUUGAUGGACACGGACCCGUCGGGCACGGAACGGCCCAUUUUGCUGCCAUGGAAUUGCCAGCCCUCAUUUUGCGCAAUAUGCAACGACGGAAAAAAUUCAUACCGGCCCGCCAUGUUACAGAGGGCGUCCAAUCCGCACUCAAAGAUUCCUUUGUCAGUCUCGAUGAGAACAUUCCCUUUUUGGAAACAUCGGGGAGUACCGGGAUAAUCAUUUUGAGACUAGGAACCCACUUGUUCUUUGCCAGUACGGGAGAUAGUCAAGCGUUUUUGAUCAAGGCUGACACGGCACGACAAGGCCCGGAUGCUGUCACCAUUGUACAAUCCACAAUACCGCAUAAACCCGAUCAAGUCAUGGAAACGGCACGGAUCCGAUCGGCCGGUGGAAGUGUCAUUCCCAAAACCAAUAUGGAUACUUCCAGUCGCGUCAUUAUUCCAGUAGGAGAAGAUGGUACCACUCUGGCACUGGCCAUGUCACGGUCUCUGGGCGACCCGGAAGGCAAAAAUGCCAAUGUCAUUAUCCCGGAUCCCAAUGUGGAUUUUAUUGAUCUGGCCAAAUUGGAGCAACCACAACAACAAACGGAUGCGCCCUCUCAACCACGGUACUUUGUCGUUGUGGCCAGUGAUGGAUUGCUCGACAAAAUUUCGCCGUUGAAAGUAGCGCAGCGAAUGGCGCAAAGUUUCUACCAUGAAACACCACCCAAUCCAUUAAUGGCCGCCAACGAGCUCAUUCAAAGUGCCUCGCAAAUGUGGUUCUCUGGGGGAGACAUGAUGAGAUAUCGAGAUGAUAUCAGCAUUGCUGUCAAGAUGAUUGAUCUGUAAUAACAGAUGGAAAGAAACAAAAACAAAAGCACGCCGUACACCUUGCAGGAUGGAACGUACUGCGCGAAGAUGGCAAUCAUCCAGUCUGGGGACAGUCAGACACCAGAAGGAAGCUGUAUUUGCUUCUACAAGCAUGGGGCUCCCUCUGAACUAUCGUCUAUAACAGUUUGUCUACGUGUACGGUGCAGUGUCGAGACGACGACAUUGCACGGUAGAAGAACCCCCCUACCGGCGAACAACACCGCUGGUGAACGAUGAUUAUUCUAGAAAAACCUAACUAGAUAGAGUCGUUGAAGCGUGAGAAUGCAAUGGAUGCUUAGAUACAUGUACGAGAGAAAGUCUUGAUUGUGUUUUUAUUCGUUGUGUGUUAUUUUAUAAAUGGAUAGUCGAUGGUUUAUUGCAUUCUGCUAGUGAAAUUUGUUGGUGA